AUGGAUAUGGUAGCCGCCAAAAGUUUGGCCACUACUGUUACAGCUGAUCCAGGAUUCUUUUGGGAAGUACCUGAAAAGUGUAGCACAGAAGAAGCUGCUACCUUUCCAGUCGUUUAUGGAACUAGUUACUACGCUCUUGUUGUAAGAGGACUGAAAUCGGGUGAAAGUUUAUUGGUCCAUGCUGGUACGGGAGGUGUCGGCUGGGUUUCUAUCGCCAUUGCUCUUCACAUGGGUUGUACCGUUUUCACGACAAGUGAUGCCGUAAAAUCUCUGCCAAAUACUGUUUACAACGAAAAUCAAGUUGAACAAGCCUUGAGAUAUAUGGCUUCCGGUAAACACAUUGGAAAAAUAAGAGAAGAAGAGAGCCGAACUACCCAACAUCCUGCUGUGAAGACUGUUAGUGCUAUUCCUCGUACUUAUAUGGAUCCAGAAAAGACUUACGUAUUGGUUGGAGGUCUUGGAGGUUUUGGUCUUGAAUUAGCUAAUUAA